AUUUCACCUUCUCUCACCGCCUGUACUCCUUGAUCAGUACAAGUUGACACGCUCUAGCUAUGGCUGGUUCUUCGAGACAGCACCCAAAGUCCCCGAUAUCGUCAGCACGACACCUCCUCUCAGCUUAUAUGAAUAGUUCCACAUCGCAUUACCUGCACGCAGAUGCUCAGCUAUUCUCCGGAGGGACAACUCAAUCUGCGUUCUCAGAACCACCUCUCCAGUCCAAUUUGACGCCCACGAUGUCCACUCCGGAACCUGUUGAAAGAGACUUGCCAUCACAGAUCUCUUCGAGUCAGCAUGAAGCUUGGAGUCCUGAAGCCUCGCGACUACCCAUACAGGACUCGCGCAAGAUCGAGAAGAAGCGUUCUCCAGAGGCAAACGAGGAUCUCAACGUUCGAGACGGUGUGGAGAAAAGGAUCAAGAUUGAGAGAGUGUCGAAGGGAUUACUUGAACACGAGGAAGGGGAUCUGAAGUCAGAGCUGGCGAACUUCACAACAAAAUCCAGCGGAGUCCGAUCGAGGACGAACGGACGAAGCACCAUGCCGAGACGGCCACCUGCGGAUCCUCAGCUCCUCAGCACCGAAGACGAGGCGCCAGCCGAGCAUCUCAGAGACCUCACCAGCACUCACCUGCAGAUUCGCGGCAGACCCCCGACCCAGAAAGAGAUCUUGUCCUGCCUCACAGACUUCUUCGGGCAUAAGCUCAAGUGGGAUGAACUCAGCCACAAGAACUUCGAGUUGGACGAGGUCAGGGAGUACUACGCGGAGCAACAUGCGAGAAAGCAUGACAUCACCCUCGACAACUUUCUCAGCAAUGACAGCGGCGCGGUGGCUUUCCGAAAGGCUUUGAUAAGGGAGUAUCGGGUUUCUAAGGACAGGCUAAACCCUCAAGGUAUCGAUCUGCGAGCGGACGCUCAGGAGCGAACUUAACUCAAGAUCCAUCGUCAGAAUGCAGAACUAUCAAAAGACCUGUUCGACGGGGCGUACGAUUGCAAUCGAGGGGCUGUUCACCUCAGAGCUGCAAGGUACUUCCAGCG